AUGUCUACUACGCGGAAGCCUCGUUCGCGGCGGUUUGCCGAGUUUGAGGAGAAACCGGCAAAAGACUUCGACAUCGAGAACGAAGCUCCCGACAACGAGGAAGAGAGCGUCAGCGAGGAGUCAGGAGACGAACUCGCCGGCACAGAGCACUAUGUCGCUGUUGGAAAGAGCAAGCUCCGGCAAAAAGAGGCCAUCUCGCUGGGGCCAGAAUACCGCGGCACGCGCGUCAGUAGGGCGGCAUUAGAGGAAAGCAGCGAUGAAGGAGAGGACGAAGAGGAUGACGAGGAGGGUGACGAGGAGCAUGACGAAGAAUUCGACGACCCAGACACUGCCGAUCCUGAGGCCGACCAUGUCGACGACGAUGCUGAAAUCGAAAGUGACAACGCGCUAUGCGAGAGUGACGAGGAGCACCUCAAGGACUUUACAUUCCCCGCAAGCUCCAAGCCGCGGGUUCCUAAUGGGCGGAUCGCAAAGAGGCCGACUGCGGCGGAUUUCAUGUCCUCGGAAGACGAAGAUCACGCCGAGCAGGAUCAGGACGAUAAGUCCGAGGAAGGUUCUGAGGAAGGUUCCGAAGAAGGGUCAGAAUUCGAUCAAGAUGGCGCCCGGCUAAGCGGAGAAGACGACGAUGAGGAUGAGGAAAAUCUGGAAGCCAAGAGUGGGGAUGAGGAAGAAGAGGAGGAAGAAGAAGGCGGUUCAGAUGAAGACGAAGAAGAGGAGGAUGAAGACGAAGAAGAGGAGGAUGAAGACGAAGAGGAUGAGGAUGAGGAUAGCAGGUCCGACGGCGACGAUGAACGCGCCAGGCUGCGGAAGCUGGCAACCGAUGGCCAGAAAAGUAUCGUGGCCGCCAUGUCCCAGGCUGCUAGAGCGGAUGCCGAGAAAGGCGCCGCGGUCCGAGUGCAGCGCCGAGCUUUCGAUGCAAUCCUGAACCUCCGAAUUCGAUUGCAAAAGGCCCUGAUAGCAGCGAAUUCCUUCGGUGUGGUCGACAACAGCCAUGAAACGGCUAUGGAACCCUACCUUGCCGCCGAAGAGGCUGCCAUCAAGCUCUGGAACACUAUCGACAGCGUCCGGCACAGCUUCAUGCCUGAAAGCAGCCGAGCCAAGAUUGGUGAAAAGAGAAAACGGGAGGUCGAUUUGGAUACCCCGAGCCAGUCAAUUUGGGAGAGUAUGGAGAUGGUCGAGGAGGCUGCACUAUCGCACAGACGAAAGGUCCUCGACAAGUGGUCUGACAGGGUGAGGAAGACCACUGCAGCUCCUUCGACCAGGAAAUUGGUCAAAACAGAAACGCAGUCAUUGGUCUCGACGCUUGACAGCCAAUUGGUGAGCUCCGAGCGUCUGAUCAAGCGAGCGCGGACACCCCGUUCCUGCGCGCCGGCGCAGGCUGCGAAGAAGAUUGAAGAAGACGCUGCAAUCUACGACGAUGCCGAUUUCUACCAGCUUCUUCUCAAGGAGCUUGUUGAUCAGCGGAGUACAGACACUGGUGCGCCGGGCGAGGGAGUUGCAACCGUCCGAUGGGCAGCGCUGAAGGAGGCCAAGACGAGAAAACAUGUUGAUCGAAAGGCAAGCAAAGGCAGAAAGUUGCGAUACACGGUGCACGAGAAACUGCAGAACUUCAUGGCGCCAGAGGACCGCAGGUCGUGGGAGGAGCAUGCGAUAGACCGGCUGUUUGGCUCCCUGUUUGGGCAGAAGAUGGAGUUGAAAGAGGAUGAAGAUGUGUCGGACGAGGAGAUGGGCGGAGUGAAGGUGGAGGAGGAAGGUUUGCGGUUGUUCAGGAGCUAG